ACCAAAACCAGCAAAAUAAAGAUAAAAAGUGCUCCCGGUUGAAGAAAAACUCAAUAGUCACCGCCAUUCACAGCCGGCAAAUGGGAACCAUUUCUUGGUGCCGCCCAUCUCUCUCAGUCGGACUUCUUACCCUUAAGAUUGCUGACCAUUACCCGAAGCUCCCUUGUCCAAGUCGAUCUAUCUCAUUCCCCUCCGUGUCAAAAAGACUCGUAACCGGAGUAACAUUACCAUCAUCAACAUCUUCUUCUUCAUCAAGGGCCAACCCAUUUCAGGUUUCUGCAUCCUCUACAAUUGGUGCGCCCAACGAGGAAUUGGAGGCUGCAUCUUCUGGUCUGAUCGGAGAGAGUGAUCUACUGAUUGUCGGCCCAGGUGUCCUUGGUCGCUUAGUGGCUGAGAAGUGGCGCCAGGAAUAUCCGGGCUCUCAAGUUUAUGGGCAGACAGUGACUACAGACCACCAUGAUGAUCUGAUAAAACUAGGGAUCAAUCCAUCUUUGAAGGGAACUAAACUAAAUCAUCAGUUCCCUUACGUCAUUUUCUGCGCUCCUCCCUCACGAACCUCUGACUAUCCUGGUGAUGUCAGGGAAGCUACUUUGAGCUGGAAUGGAGAAGGUUCUUUCUUGUUUACAUCAAGCUCUGCACCAUAUGAUUGCAAUGACAAUGGACCAUGUAAUGAGGACUCUCCAGUCGUGCCAUCUGGGAGAAGCCCAAGGACAGAUGUGCUUCUAAAGGCAGAAAAAGUAGUGCUGGAGAGCAGCGGCUGUGUACUGAGAUUGGCAGGACUUUACAAAGAGGAUAGAGGUGCGCACGUUUACUGGCUGAAGAAGGGGACUGUUGACGUUCGUCCAGAUCACAUCCUGAAUCUCAUACACUAUGAGGAUGCAGCAGCCCUCUCUGUUGCAAUCUUGAAGAAGAAACUCCGUGGCCGAAUUUUCUUGGGCUGUGACAAUCAUCCGUUAUCCAGGCAGGAAGUGAUGGAUUUGGUUGCUAAAAGUGGGAAAUUCAGUAAAAAGUUUGAAGGCUUUACUGGAACGGGUGAUCCUUUAGGCAAGAAAUUAAACAAUAUGAAAACUCGAGAGGAAGUAGGAUGGGAACCAAAAUACCCCAGCUUUGCUGAUUUUCUUGGUGUAUCUGACUAACUGCUGUCUAUGUUUUGCACUGGGAUGGAAAAUAAUUGAUACGGUUUACUGGCCAAAGAAUACUCAGAAAUGGAGCUACUGAUCUCUUUUUCCUGAAGAAUAUCAGAACAGUGUGUGAUCAGGUUAACUAUGAAAAUGACAUGUUGGAAUACAUUUGGGCAAGGUCAGAACUAUUUGUACUGGAAAGGUGCUGGAAGUAAUUAUUUUAUGUGGGUUAACUGCAUUCUGAUUUAAUGAGAGGUAUCUGUACAUCAAGUUGGUGUAUAGUGAGUGCUUCUAGGUUUAUCAGAACAAGUAUUUUUUUGCAAUACUGCAAGUUGUAAGAACAUUUAGGCAUUUAGACUUCUGUUUUAUCUCACAUCCUCGGAAGCAAAUUUGAUGGUGGCUGGAAAACUGGAAAGUGGAUCUGCUGUUGAAUCAUCCCAGGAACUUCUGACAAGGGGAAUUCACAUUCAUAAGUUAUACUCACCGGUCAGCGACAAGGAAAGCUUUCUGGUUAUGUUUCUGAAAUGAAAUAUUAAUGGCAUUUUCUUUAUGUAGUAUUGAAAAGAAGAGCAAAGGAGAAAGCCAAGUUAACUGAUGCGUUUUCCUUCAUUAAUGCUUUAUAGAGAUAUUAUGUAUAUAUAAAACGGCAUUGCGUUUGGGAAGUAACAAAUUUUAGAUGGCUUGGAAGUAUUUGGUGCCUGCAAGGAA